GUUUUGAUUUAACAACAGGGAUGCUUGAAUUAGAUCAGAACAUAUCUUUGUACAAUUCAAAGAGCGAGUUUAGGGCUGGCGUGGAUGGAAUAAGGAAAAUUAUCACUCCUGUAACCAUUGAAAACGAGUUCAACAGACUGAAGGAGCGCUUUGAGAGAUUGAAGUUUACCUAUUUGGAACAAGAAGCCAGGGAUAAGUUUUUAAGAAUAGUUUUAAACGAAGAGCAACAUGACUUCGGUGAUAUGGAAAAAGGUAAUAGACAAGUUAAGGCCACUUUGGAAGGUCUUGAGAAUUCUGUGGUCUUGAAGCAGAAUGAAAUCGAAGGGACAACGGCCCAGUUGUUACACUUGUACAAAAUGCAAGCUUCACAGUUAAGCAAACUUAACACAUUAACCGUAGAGAUAUCAUUGAUGGAAUCUGAGUUUGAAAAAGAGGACAUUGGUACCUAUAAUCUGCUAUUAAACAACAUGGAUAUGUCCAAGUUACAUAAAAGUGACAACGAUAAUGCUAUUCUAAAUUACAUUGAUAGUCAACAAAAUGACAGAGACAGCCAAGACAUGACAUUGAAAGAGACAAAUGAGCAGAUUGAGGUUGUGAAAGGACACUCAAACGUAAAAGAGUCUUAUAUCAAGGAAUUGGAAUCUAAAUUGAAGGAAUUGCAACAAACGAUAGCUAAAAAUGUUACAGGCAAUCAAGACGCGGUUAAUGACCACUCCAUACUUGGGCAUUGGUUAGUCACUAUGAACAAACUAUUGGGCAAUUUCAACACUUUUAGGCUCGACACAACCAUUCAAGACGACAUCAUACUUCUCAAUUUCAGUAAGUAUGAGAUUAAGUUGAAUAAGUACAGUCUAGCUAUUUUAGACACCAACGCUAAUAUCGACCUGAUCACAUACAAUACUUCCAAUGAUAAAGUCAGACAGCUUCUGGAGAUAAUAUGUAAACUAUUUAUGUAGGACCAUAAUGUAACUUGGAUCUUU